AUCCGGCUAAAAUGGACAACGUUAGCGAACUUAUGCGAUGCGUUGAUUUUGCUGCAAUUAAGCAUAAGGACCAACGACGAAAGGAUGUAGAGGAAACACCUUACAUUAACCAUCCCAUAGGUGUGGCAAAAAUCUUGACAGAAGAGGCUGGAAUUACAGAUCUUGCUGUAAUUCAGGCGGCCCUACUACACGAUACUGUCGAGGACACCGAUACUUCCUUUGAUGAAUUGGAUCAACAUUUUGGCCCAGAAGUGUGUGGUAUUGUGAAGGAGGUUACUGAUGAUAAAUUAUUACCGAAGAUGGAAAGAAAACAGCAACAGAUUAACCAUGCACCUCACGCUAGUUAUAAAGCUAAACUGGUAAAACUAGCUGACAAGUUAUACAAUUUGCGUGACCUGCGGAGGUGCACGCCCCGGGGCUGGACAGAGGAUCGCGUGCAGGAGUAUUUCGUGUGGUCCUCUAGGGUAGUUGGCGGACUUAGAGGCACAAACAAGAAUAUGGAGAACUCACUGGAUGAUUUACUCAAGGAAAGAGAUAUUCUUAUAUGAUAUUUUAAUAGGCUAUUUUAUGGAAAUCUCUUUUUGAUAAGCAGCAGCAAUGAUGUUUACUGUUAUAGAAAUGUGAGCCCCAGUUCUUUAACAUGUUGUACAGAUGAUAUUAUUGUUGAUGAUAUCUGUUAAUUGUUAAUUAUAUAUUCUAGUACAAAAUAUAAUACCAUGUGGUUUUUUUUUAUUAAGCGCCUUUUUUUAUGAUAACUGUUAUUUUCCCUUUUCAAUAUGUCCAGUAUUUGUAUAAAAGCUCUUUGCAUUCCAUGUUAUAAUCUUUUGGGGGACAUGGAAAUUAAGAUGAAAAGUCUGAUAUACGGGUCAUCAUCAUUUGAGUGUCCCCAGAAUAAGAUCUGCCAUGUGUUUCUUUAUUGGGUCUGUAUCAGUUCUACCGAAUUGGUACGUUCAUGGGAAUUCCCAAAAUAACGACCAUGAUUACAAAAUAUACCUUUCAAAUAGGGGUCUUGGUACCGGAUAAAUUACAAAUAUACAAGUCUUAUAAUAUAAGACUUCGAAGGUUCAUAUCGUGAUUUUUUACGUUUAUUAUCGGAUAUUUCCAUUUUUGUUAUUUGUGGAACCUCGAAGACCCGGUUCCGGAUAUGUUUGGCGGAGUUAUGACAUUGGCCCGCAUACACAUGAUUGGCAGCUGCCGUCUCAAACAUUUGUUUUUCUUUUUAACAAUUUGACAUUUAAUACCUAUAGCUGUUGUUUGUAUGUGAAGUUUACUCUCGCUUCUGUCCUUAUCCGCUGGACAGGAAACGAAAUUAAACAAUCAGGAUUACUGAUCACCUUGUAUUCCACUAGUCCUUCUGUAAAAUUCGGAUCAGGAGUACUGACCACCUCAUAUUCCACUAGUCCUGUAAAAUUCGGAUCAGGAGUACUGACCACCUCAUAUUCCACUAGUCCUGUAAAAUUCGGAUCAGGAGUACUGACCACCUCGUAUUCCAGUAGUCCUUCAGUUAAAUUCGGAUCAGGAGUACUGACCACCUCGUAUUCCACUAGUCCUUCAAUAAAAUUCGGAUUAGGAGUACUGACCACCUCGUAUUCCACUAGUCCAUCAGUAAAAUUCGGAUCAGGAGUGCUGACUAUCUUGUAUUCCACUAGUUCUUCAGUAAAAUUCGGAUCAGGAGUGCUGACUAUCUUGUAUUCCACUAGUUCUUCAGUAAAAUUCGGAUCAGGAUUACUGACCACCUUGUAUUCCACUAGUCCUUCAGUAAAAUUCGGAUCAGGAGUACUGACCACCUUGUAUUCCACUAGUCCUUCAGUAAAAUUCGGAUCAGGAUUACUGACCACCUUGUAUUCCACUAGUCCUUCAGUAAAAUUCGGAUCAGGAUUACUGACCACCUCGUAUUCCACUAGUCCUUCAGUAAAAUUCGGAUCAGGAGUACUGACCACCUUGUAUUCCACUAGUCCUUCUGUAAAAUUCGGAUCAGAAGUACUGACCACCUUGUAUUCCACUAGUCCUUCAGUAAAAUUCGGAUCAGGAGUACUGACCACCUCGUAUUCCACUAGUCCUUCAGUAAAAUUCGGAUCAGGAGUACUGACCACCUUGUAUUCCACUAGUCCUUCAGUAAAAUUCGGAUCAGGAGUACUGACCACCUCGUAUUCCACUAGUCCUUCAGUAAAAUUCGGAUCAGGAGUACUGACCACCUUGUAUUCCACUAGUCCUUCAGUAAAAUUCGGAUCAGGAGUACUGACCACCUUGUAUUCCACUAGCCCUUCAGUAAAAUUCGGAUCAGGAUUACUGACCACCCAAGAUGGAACUACAUUGAAGAUUAAAUAUGCUACAUCGCUGUUGUAUAAACAUAUGAUGUUUUCAAUUUAUCAUAAUUUCUCUUUGUCGGAGAUGUAGCACAUUUAACGUCUACGUAAAAGUAUCUCUGCAGUUGUAGGUAUCAUGUGACCCGGAGAGGUAUCCCUGGAUGUUUUCGAUAAUAUGCAGCCUCCCUAAAAGCACACGGAAUCACCCUUCGCAUGCAUCUCGUACCCAGACGAAACCGUCCUUAGGUGGCCAUAGCUGUUGAUAGGACGUUAAACGAUUAGAUACCAAACGAAACUCUCUACAGUAUUAUAUUCCCGUAAGGAUUAUUUCAUUUAGUGAGUUUGUUAGCAUUUUAUUUCUAAAAUGGAUGCUUAUCAUUUUAUUAACCAAAGAUAAUUUAACGUUCCUAGUUUUGAUCAUGGUUUGAUCAAUAUUUUGUCACUAAUGCGGUGUCAUCCCGCAGUAUUUUUACAUAAAUUAUAUGAAUACAUGAUGUACUAUGUAUGAAUUUAUUGUAUAUGGAUACCCCCAUUGUCAGAUUUUGCUUCCCAAUAUGAUAUUAAAACUGUUUCAACAAUUACGAAAAUAAAAGAAGAAUCUAUUACGUGUUAA